CGCUGGGCCGCAGGGAGCCGAGUCAGCGUAGGGCCCCCGCCCCAUCACUCCUGGGCUCCCCUGCCUCUGAGCACCCACCUAGCUCUUAGCCAUUCCGGGGGCAGCCACGGGCUCCUGGGGGCCCUGGAGAUGCCCGAGGGCCUCUCGUCUACCGUCCCCAGCGGGACCUAGCUCGACUCAGCCACAGCUGCAGCGGGGGUGGCCAUGGUGGGGCAGUGGCCGUCCCUGGCCCUGGCCCUGGCGGUCACCAAGAUCUCGCUGAUCCUGCUGGUGCUGCCGGCGCCCUCGUGGGCCGUGGUGCGGGCCAUUCUAGAUGAAAAUGCCAGCACAGUGGAUUUCGCGGACUUGCCCGCCCUCUUCGGGGUCCCGCUGGCGCCCGAGGGUCUCCGGGGUUACCUGAUGGAGGCCAAGCCGCCCAACGCGUGCCAGCCCAUCGAGGGCCCGCGACCCAGCAACAGCUCGCUGGGGGCCAUCGUCCUGAUCCGCCGUUACGACUGCACGUUCGACCUGAAGGUGCUCCACGCCCAGCGCGCCGGCUUCGAGGCCGCCAUCGUGCACAACGUGCGCUCGGACGACCUGGUGCACAUGGCGCACGUCUACGAGGACCUGCGGAGCCAGAUCGCGAUCCCGUCCGUGUUCGUGGGCGAGGCCGCCUCCCAGGACCUGCGGGUCAUCGUGCGCUGCGACAAGUCGGUCCACGUGCUCCUGCUGCCCGACGCCCCACCGUGCACCGACCUGGACUGCCACCCGGUGCUGGCCACCUCGUGGGCGCUGGGCCGCGCGCUGGUGCUGCUGACCUCCACCGCGCUGGUGCUGCGCCGCGUGUGGCACUGGCUGUGCUCCUGGUGGGGGCGCGGCCCCCGGGUCAAGGAGCCCGCCCCGGCCCGACAGAAGGCCCAGGUGCAAAUCUUCACGAGGAGCCACGACCUGUGUGCCAUCUGCCUGGACGAGUACGAAGAGGGCGACCCCCUCAAGAUCCUGCCCUGCUCCCACGCCUACCACUGCAAGUGCAUCGACCCGUGGCUGGCGCACGCCGCGCGCCGCACCUGCCCCGUGUGCAAGCAGUCGGUGGCGGGCUCCGAGGACAGCUCCAACUCGAACGCCGAGAGCGGCGGCGACGACGAUGACCCCUCCCUGCCCGGCCACCAGCCGCCCCUCUGGGCGGUGCAGGCGCGGCUGCGCGCCCGCAGGCUCGAGCUGUUGACCCGCAGAGGCGUCCGCCGCCACUGCAGCGCCGUAUCCGUGAGGGGGGCCUGGGAAAGGGCCCCGACACCCCACUGA